GAGGAACUGUGCCCGCAGAGCCGGAAGUGAGCUGUAGAAACACGUUUACCUGAGUUGCCUGUCAAACCAACAACAGCCUGCAGUCAGGAAGGAAGCGAGGACGCACUGCAAAUCUGGAGACCUGAGCUGGCCCGCAUUUCAUCCACCGGAGCACCUUUCAGACUUUAUUCCCAGAAAUGAGAACGACGCUGGUUCUGCUUCAUGCCGUCUCCUGCUGCUGUCUGGUCAGUGCCACUCUCUCGAAAACUGAUGCCAAGAAGUCGCUGAAAGCUGAGGCUGAGACAUCUCCAGCUGAGCUGUCUGUGCUGAGCAGAGGCCUGGUGGUGUCAGACCUGCACUGGAAAGACAUAGUGAAGGAGGAAAAGAGAUUCUGCACCCACAUCAAGAAGGCAUUUCAAGGACCAGUGCUCGGAUAUGUCACACCUUGGAAUUCCCACGGCUACGACAUUGCCAAGACGUUUGGCUCUAAGCUGACGUCAGUGUCUCCAGUCUGGCUGCAGCUCCGCCGGCGAGGACCUGAAACCUUCGACGUUACAGGACUCCACGAUCAUGACCCAGGUUGGGUCAAAGCUGUACGCAAGUCCAACAAAAAAGUCAGGAUUGUGCCUCGACUCCUGUUCGAUGGCUGGUCCUACCAGGACUACAUGAGCGUGCUGGCAAGUGAAGAUGAAAUCGAGGAGCUGGGAAGUGAGCUGGUGGACGUUGCAAAGACGGAAGGUUUUGACGGCUUCACGUUUGAGCUGUGGAGCCAACUCGGAGGCAACAAAAGGAAGGAGCUGGUGCAUUUGAUGAAGCACAUAUGUGAGACUUUGAAAGCUAAAAGACUGGACUGCAUUCUUGUUAUUCCUCCUGCUGUGACGAGUUCGGGGCAGCCCGGUAUGUUCGGCAGGGAGGAGUUUGAGCAGUUGGCGUCUGUCGUCGACGGAUUCAGCCUCAUGACGUACGACUACUCCAGCGGUGCCAGUCCAGGCCCGAGCUCGCCGCUGUCCUGGGUGAAAGACUGCGUUCUCCAGCUUGCACCCAACACUCAGUGGAGGCAAAAGAUCCUGCUGGGACUUAAUUUGUACGGUCUGGAUUUUGCAAGCCAGGGGACCGAGCCCAUCUUAGGGGGAAGAUACAUCGAACUCUUGCGAGAGUACAGACCAAAACUUCUGUGGGACGAAUAUUCUGCCGAGCAUUAUUUCAGUUACAAAAGAAACAACGUAAAACACACAGUGUACUACCCAUCACUAAAGUCCAUGCACCUGAGAAUCGCCCUCGCCACUGAACUGGGAACAGGAAUUUCCUUGUGGGAACUGGGACAAGGAUUGGAUUAUUUCUAUGAUCUCCUAUGAGAUCUGGAUUUCAGUGCUGUGAAACCUAGAUUUUUUUUUUUAUUUCACAGGACUUAUUAACUCAAAAUCAAGGUACUGUGAACCGUUUUGUUUUUUCUCUCUGAUGAUAAAUGAACUCAAGCGUCACAGACGUGUUGAGAAAUCUCAUCUUCAUGCGUGAAAGUCAACUUCAUUGAAAAGUAAACGCAAACAUUGUUAUUUAUCUUUUAUUGACAACAUUGUGGAAAAGACUUGUACAUUUCAGUCAGGGGGCAGAACACGUCUGCUUUCAGGAACAGAGGGUGCAUGAUCUCCACUGUGUAUGAAGUUUAAAUAAAGCGUCUUUUACUGAAG